AUGGGAAGGUCUCCAUGUUGCGAAGCAGAUCAAGGUUUGAAGAGAGGUCCUUGGACAGCAGAAGAAGACCAGAAACUCUUAGCCUACAUCCAACAACAUGGCCAUGGAAGCUGGCGUUUCUUACCACAGAAAGCUGGACUUCAAAGAUGUGGAAAGAGCUGCAGACUCAGAUGGACAAAUUACCUGAGACCUGAUAUUAAAAGGGGAAAGUUCAGCUUACAAGAAGAAAGAACAAUCAUUCAACUCCAUGCUCUACUUGGAAACAGGUGGUCAGCUAUAGCCACUCACUUGCCAAAGAGAACAGACAAUGAGAUCAAGAAUUAUUGGAACACGCACUUGAAGAAGAGGUUAGCCAUGAUGGGCAUUGACCCAAUGACUCAUAAGCCGAAAAGGACCACCCUCAGCUCGGCUGCAGCCGACCCCAAGAACGUCUCCAACUUGAGCCACAUGGCUCAGUGGGAGAGCACCCGGCUCGAAGCCGAGGCUCGGUUCACCCGAGAGUCCAAGCUCAGCCGCCAAGUCCGCGCCAAUGAUCAGCCUGCUGAAGAUCAGCCGUUGUCGUCCGACCAGAUACUAAGGAAAAUGCCGACAACGUUUGCGCCGCCGCGUUGCACCGACAUCUUAAGAGCGUGGCAGCUGGGCCGUCCGCACUUCCCGAGGCCCGCACAAGGCAAUGAUCACAGCCGGAACACUGGCAGUAUUAGCACCGGCGGCCAUUUUUUCUCUCUUGGCCUUGGAAACAUUGGAUCUGAUGACAAAUCUGACGGCUCCGCCGCUUUCUUAGAAAACAAUGAGGCUGACAAAGGCGAGUCAUUGUUCGAAUUCAGCGCGGUUUUCGAGGAUUGCGGCAACGGUCAUGAUGAUACUCAGUUAGAUGAGGUGUACGCCACGCGCCGCCUUGAGGCGGUGGGAGGAGCGGAGUGGAUUGAGGAUGAAAAUCUCAUCGAAAGUAGCUUUGAUCACCUUUAUGAAGUGAACAAGAGUUAUUGGAGCGACGUACUUUAUUUGGUGAACUGUGGACCCUCAAAUUUGCCAGUGUUCUAA